UACAUCUUUAUCAGAAAGUGAAUCACUGUUUGGUUACAUAUUAACAGGCAUUUAUUAGAGGUUAGCACUAUGUUGGCAGAAUCCUGCUAAUAUAGUUGAACAGAGUACAGUAAGCCACAGUAAACGUCUGGAUUUAGACAUGAUGGGGGUCUCCCUUCAGUUUCAGCUUUUAACACUUAUUCACAUUCUGCUAUGCUGCGAAAGUUUGAAAAUGGAGUUUGCUAUCCAGCACACCUGGGACAGCAGCCCUGUGGAUCAUGAUCCAAUCAGGAUUUCCUUCUCUGAUGGGAAAUCUGGGAUGCGAAUGGAGGUGUCUGGAACAUUUUUCAACGACCCAGCAGCUCCUCCAGGUGAACCCGGUAUCGCUUUCCCUGGACUUUGGAAUUAUGAAGUUGUGGAGUCCUUCUUCCUUGACAGCACAAAAGAAAAUUACUUGGAGGUGGAGCUUUGUCCGUAA